AGUUAUAGCUGUUUGCAGAAAAUAUAAAUAGGUUGUAUGUGAAACAGUCAUUAAAGAGUGCUACGUUGGUUUCUACGAUGAAAAGAGUUUGUGAGUUUUGUGUUGUUGUGUUGUGCAUUUGUUAAUUAAGUAAAACAGUUUUACUAAAGUUCUCUGUGCAACUUCUAUUGUAAAAACAAAAAUAAACAACGUAAGGACUGUCACAGCUGAUUGAUCGUUUCAUUUCCACUUUGUUUUUGUGAAGAAUACAUUUAUUUUCGGCAGCGGAAUUCAGAAAUUUUGUUUGAAAGAAAGUUGAAAUAAUUCAUUUGGCCGCAUUAAAAUGGCAGACGAAUGGCCAGCCCAGAAAUUUCGCCAAUCGAUCAUUGCGAAAAUAAACCUUGCUCUACAAACAACGGAUCCUACGAAAAAUGCUGCGGUCAUGGAAAAUCAUAUCUUCAAGAAAUCCCGCAACAAAGAGGAAUAUAUGGGCUUGGUGGCUAAGCUAUUCAUGCAUUUUCAAGAUUUGGCACAAAGAAAGCCGACACAACCUCCGCCUCAACAAAAUGCUGAAAUGAAUCAACAAAAUAUGAUGCCGGAUCCUCUAAACGCGCUCCAAACUCUUGCUAGUCAAGGUAAUCGAAAUGCACAAAUGCCAGGCGGACCUAAUCCCAAUCAAAUGGGACCGGGUGGACCUGUAGCUGCUUCGAAUUUAUUGCAAACUUUAAAUCAACAACGGCCCGGCCAACAGAUGCAACAAAUGCAGGGUAUACGUGGUCAAAUGCCUAUGGGCGCAGGACCGAACCAACAGAUGAUGCAGCAAAUGGGUGGAAAUAUGGGUGGCGGAAUGCAAAUGAAUGUAAUUGGUGGUGGUGGUGGUAUAGGUAAUACAGGUGGUCAACAGCCGCAUAUGGUAGGUAAUGCCCAGCAGCAAAUGGGUGGUAUGCCUGGACAAAUGAAUGCGAUUGGCAGCAGUGGACCAGGUGGUCCGGGUGGACCUGGUGGUCCAACCCAGCAAAUGCAAAUAGGGCCAGGGCAAAUGCAAGGGGGGCCAAUGAAUGUGAACGCAAUGAACGUGCAACAGAUGCAGCAAAUGACACAGCAGCAAAUGGCUCAAAUGGGUAUGAAUCAUCAGCAACUAAAUCAAAUGAUGAAUGCACGUUUGAACGCUGGCGGACCAAUGGGACCGAAUACUGGCCCUCAAGGAAUGCAAGGCAUGCCACCAAAUAUGCAACAGAACCAGAGUGGACCUAUGCAUGGCGGCAAUGUAGUGGGCGGACCGCAGGGCCAGCAAGGUGGUGGAAUACCACAAAACGCCGGUCAACAAGGUGGAAUGGGUCAAAUGAUCGGCAUGGGUCCAAACAUGCAACAGAAGCCUAACAUGCCGAUGGGACAGGGUGGCCAAAUGUUUCAGGUUAACCGUGGUGUGCCAGGCCAACAGCAACAGUUCUUGCGUCAAAGUCCCUCGCCAAGUACGGUACCUUCGCCGGCGGGUAUGACGGCUGCUCAGCAGCAACUUCAACAACAACAACAACAGCAGCAGCAGCAGCAGCAACAACAGCAACAGUCGGCACAAAAUCAACAACAGCAACAACAACAGCCUCCACAAAUGGCUAACGCGCAAAUGAUACCAAGCCCAGCACUUGUGCCGACUUCAAGUCCACAAAUGUCAAAUCUCAUGCAAAAUUCACAGCGACAAAUGCGCCAGUCGCCGAGUGCACCGCUCAAUACACCCGGACAAGUGGCCAGCAAUAGUCCAUUUAACCCACAGGAAGACCAUUUGUAUCGCGAAAAAUACAAACAACUAACGAAAUAUAUUGAGCCGCUGAAGCGAAUGAUGGCCAAAAUUGGCACUGAUGGUGCAAAUACGGAAAAAUUCACAAAAAUGAGUAAGCUUUUGGAAAUAUUGAGUAAUCCAAAUCAGCGCGUGCCAUUGGAAACACUUUUAAAGUGUGAAAAGGCUUUGGAGAAACUGGAUAUUGUUAAUUUUGCGGGCCAACAGUUUGGUAAAUCUUCAAACCCCUUAAUGGAGGUUGUGAAUACGGCGCUACAGAGUCCGCUCGCAAAUCAUACGCUGCACCGCACGUACCGGCCUUGUUUGGAAUUACUUUUUGGCACGGACAUAUGCGCUCCAGCACCACCAAAAAGGCAACGCGUUUCGGAGAAGCCUUCUCAGUAUGAAUGUGAAAUUCCACAUAUAUUGCAGGGUGAAAUAGCGCGACUCGAUCAAAAAUUCAAACUAACGCUGGACAACACAACUCAAAAUAAUCCGAAAUCUAUUAAAGUUGUUUGCUGUCUUGAUGACAAACGUUUACCAUGUGUUCCACCAAUUACGGUUACUAUACCAGAGGAGUAUCCGUCGGUGUCGCCCUCUUGCGCUUUGACACAGCAUGAGUAUGGAACUACUCCGUUUUUGAAAGCUGUGCAGGAUGCAUUCAAAGCACGCAUUGCAAAAUUACCAAAAUUAUACUCCUUGUCUCACUUAUUGGACACAUGGGAGAUGUCUGUACGUCAAGCGUGUUCACCAAGCACUAAGAAUGUUUUAGAUUUAGCUGCGGUAUUUGGCGCAUAAACAAAUACUGGGUUUCGAAGAUAUAUAAUUUUUUUGCUUGCUUUUUUUAAUUGAUAUUGCAUAUCGUAAUUUUAUAUUUUUUACCAUUCCUAAAUAUCUGAUUUAAGCCUAACUUUUGUUUGUAUGUCAAUAAUAUAUAUACAUUUUAGCACUAUGUAUAACUUUAUGCA